AUGCUCCUCAACUCUUACUCUGCUCUGCUCCCCCCUGCUACCCCGCUCCUCCCCUGCCUCGCCGCCCUGCCUGUACCGCGUGCGUGCGUGCGUGCAGAGGUGGACUACGCGGCGCUGGUGCGGCACGGGCUGGUGGGCGGCCCGUCCGUGCUGCUGCUGCCCGACGAGCAGCCCAGCGCCGCCGUGGAGUGGGGCAAGUGGGGGCGCGGGCAUGGGCGCGAGGGGCACGCGCAGGGGCAGGGGCGGGGGAGUGAGGCGGAGGGGGAAGGGGAGGAGGAGAGGGAGAAGCGGAGGAGGGCGCGGGAGGAGAGCCAGCAGCUGCAGGAGCUGGCGAGUGAUGCUGGCGCUGAGGUACGCAGGGAUGCUGGGAUGCCAGGGGGAUGUUGGCACCGCGUCACACCCCUCACCGCCGUUCUCCAUGCGUGCCCUUCCCUCGCCCUCCUCCCUCCCACCACAUGCACCUCUACGCCCUGCCCCUGCCCCCACCACGUGCCCCUCCCCAUGCCCCGCCCGUGUGCCUGUUACCCGUGUGCACGUUCGUGGUGGUGGCAGGCGGCAGCAGCGAGGGCGUUGGCGCACGGGGCAGCGGCGAGGCAGCUGAGGGCGGACCUGGCAGCGGAGCACAGAGAGCGCCACUGGCAGCGCCGCCAAGCAGGGAGCGAGCGAGGGCGAGGGGGGGCUGCUGCAAUGAGCUUCAGCCAGCGCGAGAAGAGGAAGCGCGAUGCGGGGCAGGCGAGCAGAGGGAAGAACUACGUGGAGGAGGAGAAGAGGCAGCUCAGGGACCAGGGCGUCUACUCUGGCUUCGAUGCUUAG